AUGGACGGCAGCAACCUCUCCGACUUUGAGCUCGACAAGCUGAACGAGCAGGACAAGCAGCAGCUGCGCACAUUCCUCAACAACGAGAACCAAAAGGCGCGCGUCCAGUCGACCAUUCACUCCCUUACCGAUGUCUGCUUCAAAAAGUGCAUCACCGGCCCCAUCAAGUCGGGCCAGAUGGACAAGAACGAGCAGAGCUGCAUGGCCAACUGCGCAGACCGAUUCCUCGACGUCAGCAGCCUUACCAUGAAGAACCUGCAGACCAUGCGACAAUAG